UUCUUGCUUCCUUAACCCUAAACCGGCGUUUCCAAAGUCUAGCACAGUUUUCACUUCAAAAUUGAUCUUCAACAGGUCCAACGUAACAGACAUGGCGGAGAAGGUGACGAUAAUGGUGUUGAAGGUCGACCUUCAGUGUUGUCGCUGCUACAAGAAAGUGAAGAAAGUUCUUGCUAAGUUCCCUCAAAUACGAGACCAGAUAUACGACGAGAAGGCCAACACAGUGACUAUCACGGUGGUCUGCUGCGAUCCAGAGAAGCUGAGGGACAAGUUAUGCCGUAAAGGUGGCGGAUCCAUCAAGAGUAUCGAGAUCAAACGACCUCCUAAACCCAAGGACCCCGAGAAGAAACCGGAAAAGCCUAAAGAGGCCGAGAAGAAACCGGAAAAACCUAAAGAACCCGAGAAGAAACCCGAGAAACCGAAAGAACCUGAAAAGAAACCCGAGAAGCCUAAGGAGCCUGAAAAGCCCAAAGAAUCACCGCCAAAACCACCAGCAAAACCUGCUUCUCCACCGCGGCCGCCGGCCUGUCCGCCGGUCGGAUGUUGUUGCGCAGAAUGUUACCAUGGCCAUCCUUGGGGUCCUCCCCCUUGCUACAUUGGUGGACCACCACCUCCUCCCCCAUGCUAUACUUAUGGUAGGCCUGUUUACGAUAACUGGGGCGGCGGCGGCUACAGGUAUUAUUGUGCGAGUCGCGGUGAUUGUUUUAGCGACGAGAAUCCACAAGCUUGCUCAGUCAUGUAACGGUUUUAACAUGGCAUUCUAAAAGAUGAUAUUAAUAGCUUGAAUAUGU